UGAUUGCUGUGGAUAAUAACAUUAUAUUAGUCAAAGGGGAGAACUAGUUUUUAGAGUCUCAGAGCCCAGAAUACACAUAUACAGAAGAAAAUUUUUGCAUGAUAGAAAAAUGUUUAAUAACUCUUAAUGUAUGUGAAAUCUUGAGUCUGUGAGUAGGGCAGUUGCAGACACACGACAGAUUUGCCUAAUGAAAAUAAGUCUGUAAAAAGCAAACAUAUUUACCAGUAGUUACUGCUAAAUGUACCAAUGAAGAAACAGUAGAAGGAUGCGACAGUCAUGUAUUUGGGCUAACUGCAAAACAUUCGUUUCAAUGUAAACCUUUUUAUCAGCAAUAAUCAAUCAUUUCUGUUCUGCUCUCUCUCUCUCCCUGUCUCUCUCUGUACGUGCGCGCGCGCGGGUGUGUGAGUGGGUGUGUAUACUCUCUAUCUAUGGUAUACGCGUAGGUGUGAUACUCUCGUGGAGCCUGUGGAGUUAAAUGCUGACCGUUGUAUCCAGCAUCACUCUCUGCGACUAGCACAACUGUCCCAGGGGAUCACUGUGGUCAUUACCUCAUCCGCGUUGGCUCUCAGCAAAGCGCACAUUGAAGAAAAGUAAACAAGAGCGCUGCGUCCAGACCCGCGCCGAACCACCCGCUACAGCACGGUCAGAAGUUUUCACAGCGGUCGGAAUUAGGAGAUUUUUUGGAAUGCUCAAAGGAGGUUCUGCAACAUGUUACUGGGAAAUUUGAUAACUGCAGUGCUGUCUCUGCUGAAUGCUGUGGAGCUGGUGAAUGGAUAUGUCUUUCAGGCUGCACAGCCAGGAGAGAAGGAUGAGCCAGCAGUACACACAAACAUUGUUUUAGAUUUGAAGGGGUCAUGUAAAGAUCGCUGCUUUGAGUUGAAGGAGGAGGAACCUCCACUCUGUCGCUGUGACAACCUCUGUAAGACCUACUACAGCUGCUGCACUGAUUUCGACGAACAGUGUCUAAAAACUGCUGGAGGCUUUCAGUGUACUGAAGACCGGUGUGGAGAGAGUCGGAAUGAAGAGUAUGCCUGUCAGUGCUCAGAGGACUGUCUGCAGAAAGGCGACUGCUGUACCAACUUUAAAGCCUUGUGUAAAGGUGAGAGUGCCUGGGUAGAGGGAGACUGUGAAGAGAUCGAGAGCCCAGAAUGUCCUGCAGGCCUUGUUCGACCCCCCCUCAUAAUGCUGUCUCUGGAUGGAUUUCGUGCCUCCUACCUGAAGAAAGGAAAAACUAUCAUUCCCAACAUUGAGAAAUUAAGAACAUGUGGAACUCAUGCAACUCAUAUGAGACCAAUGUACCCCUCCAAAACCUUCCCCAAUCUCUACACACUGGCCACGGGUCUGUAUCCAGAGUCACAUGGAAUUGUGGGAAACACCAUGCAUGACCCUGUGUUUGAGGCCAACUUCAAUCUCCGUGGCAGAGAGAAACUGAACCAUCGCUGGUGGGGGGGACAGCCUAUCUGGAUCACGGCUGAGAAUCAGGGAGUGAAAGCAGGAACCUUUUUCUGGCCCUGGGUCAUUCCUUUGGAGAGACGGAUACUGACAAUUCUGCACUGGCUACACCUGCCUGAUGAAGAGAGACCCUACGUGUAUGCUGUCCAUUCAGAGCAGCCUGAUGUGUUUGGACACAGACAUGGGCCCCUCAGUAAUGAACUGGAUAACCCUUUGAGAGAGAUUGAUAAUAUCAUUGGGCAGCUGAUGAAUGGUCUGAAGCAGAUGCACCUCCACCGCUGUGUGAACGUCAUCCUGGUCGGGGACCACGGCAUGGAGGAAGCCCACUGUGACAAGACAGAGUACCUGAGCUCAUAUGGACUGAAUCCCAACGAUUUCUCUCUCAUCCAGGGAUCCUCAGGCCGCUUACGCCCCAGAAACCGCAACAUGUCCUAUGAUCCCAAAGAGACUGUGGCCAAUUUAACUUGUAAAAUGCCGAAUCAGCACUUUACGCCGUAUCUGAAACAGCACCUGCCCAAACGACUGCAUUAUGCCAACAACCGCCGAAUCGAAGAUGUUCACCUGCUCAUGGAGAGGAAGUGGCGUGUGGCCAUGGUCAAACCUGAGUACAGGAUGUGUGGAUUCUUUGGAGAUCAUGGGUUUGACAACAAGAUGGACAGUAUGCAGACAAUCUUCUUGGGCUACGGGCCAAGUUUUAAGUUCAGGACACAAGUACCUGUCUUUGAAAACAUUGAACUUUACAACGUCAUGUGUGAUCUCCUGGGUUUGACCCCUGCUCCCAAUAACGGGACCCAUGGCAGCCUGAAUGCCAUGCUCAGGGCACCAACGUACACACCCACUAAACCAGAGGAAGUGACUGUACCCUCAGCCUUAGUGCCUGGGUCAGCCACUGCCAGCAACCAGGACUGCAGCUGUGAUGAGGAGAAUAAAGUGGAGGAGAACAUUGAGAGAUUCUCUAACUCCAUGGACGAGAGCACACUUCUCCCGUUUGGUCGCCCUGCAGUGCUGUUUCAGACCAGAUACACUCUGCUCCAGCAGACUGAGUACAUCAGCGCCUACAGUCUGGAGCUCCGUUUGCCCCUCUGGACCUCAUAUACUGUUACCACAGAGAAGACUGAGAGUACAGCCCUGCCACUGACAGUCAGUGAGUGUGUGAGAACAGACCCACGUGUCCCAGCUGAAUACAGCCCUCCCUGCUCCACACACGGCCAGGAGACACACUAUGGGUUCCUCUUCCCACCAGAUCUGGCAGUGACUCCUGAGUCCAGAUAUGACUCAUCACUGAUCACGAACACUGUUCCAAUGUACUCUGCUUUCAAGAGAAUAUGGAGCUACCUGCAGGGGGCAGUGUUGAGACGACAUGCAGCUGAGAUGGCAGAGAUUAAUGUGUUGACUGGUCCCAUUUAUGAUCAUGACUAUGACGGUCUGAGAGACGACAUCACAAAGAUCAAAGAGCAUGCAGGUGAAUCAGUCUUUGUUCCCACACAUUAUUUUGUGAUAGUCACAAGCUGUGAUGACAGCGUGAACAGGUCAGUGGAGGCGUGUGAGGGGCCCCUCAAAGCCAUCACCUUCAUUCUGCCUCAUCGCCCUGACAACAGCGAGAGCUGCAAUAGUUCAGAAGAGGAGUCUAACUGGGUGGAGGAGAUCUUGCACACACACACCGCUCGCGUUCGGGACGUGGAAAUUCUCACGGGCCUGGACUUUUACCGCACAACUUCACAUAGCUACACGGACAUCCUGUCUCUAAAGACCUACAUGCACACCUUUGAAGAGGACGUGUAAAAAGAAAAAGAAAAGAAAACGGAGGGAAAGAAGAGAAAGAUCGCCUCCCCCACACUGGCUCCUCCUUCUCCUCUCGCUCCCUAGUUCAUCUCUGAUUCUUUGGUGUAUAUUUUUAUAGAAUUUAUCAUAUUUAUUAUUCAUUUCCAAUGGAAUAAUAAUGAAAUGACACUUAAAGACACUAACCCUUAGGGAAAAGAGGUCUUUCCUCUCAGUUUAACAGUGUUGUCUGUAUACCAUCAAAGUUGACUAUGUCUUUACGAGUAACUGUUGGCGGUUCGUGUAUUUUAGAGAUACAGAUGAACAGUGUAUGCAGGGUUUCUGUGCAGAUUUGAUGUCAGGUUACACUCAGGUGAUGGUUGUGUGUAAUAGCAUGUAUUGACAGUGUUGAAUAAUAAUAUGUUUUACUCUGUGAGCAAAAGUCUGAGUCUCUCUGACAGCAAAGCACUGACUACUCAAACUCAUCCUGUUAGACAGCUCACCGCCCCGUCAUCUCGUCAUAGUGAAGAUUAUGCUGAUAAAACAGUUUUAUGCCCCGCUAGAUUUAGAUUAACCUGUCAUCUGGUUUGGACGUGGUUAACCUGUCAUCUGGUUUUGUUCCCAAUAAAGUCCAGUAAUGUCACUCACAUGUG